CGUUGGACAGUAUGGCCGAAGAAAGCAGCUCAUUCAAUGUCUGGCCAGAAAUAGAAAAAACAGAAAAGGAGAACAGGCGUGAGCUGGUGCUUCAGGGUUCAGCGGUUGACAAAAAGAUCGAGAGCAGCGGCGGACUUCACGCGCGACUUUAUUCCCUCUCGCUCCUGAACUACCUGGAGAUCAGUCAAUGUCCCAGUCUACAUGAGAUCCACGAGAACAUCAGACAUCUGUCUAAUCUACAGAGUCUGGUCCUCUGCAGGAACAAGCUCACUUCAGUCCCAAAAAGCAUCGGUGAACUGAAGGCGAUCAAAGUCCUGGAUUUGUCUGCCAACCAGCUGCAGGCUUUGCCCGAGGAGGUCUGUUCACUGAGCGAGCUCAACACUUUAAAUGUCAGCUGCAACAGCAUCGCUGCUCUGCCGGAUGGUCUGAGCAAGUGUGUGAAGCUCGCCAGCGUCAAUGUGUCUAAAAAUGCACUCUCUCGACUUCCAGAUGACUUGUGGUGCUCCAGCCUGGAGCUCCUCAGCAGCAUCAUUGCAUCAGAAAACGCGAUAGAGGAGCUGAGCAGUGAUGUUCAUAACCUGCUUGCGCUGAAGGUUUUAGAUCUUUCCAACAACAAGCUCCAAGAACUUCCAUCUGAGUUGGCCGAUUGCCCCAAGCUGAAGGAGACCAAUUUUAAAGGGAACAAGCUGAAGGACAAGAGGCUUGAGAAGAUGGUGAACGGCUGCCAGACUAAAUCAGUCCUAGAUUACCUGAGGGCAGGUGGGAGAGGGAAAGGCAAAGCCAAGCAGCAGGAUGGAGAAGUGAGCGAGAAGCUUGACGGAGGCCGUAACAUCUCGAAGAAGAAAAGCGGUGCAAAGCAGAAAGGCAAAAAAGAGGCAGAGGAAGUGGAUGAGCUUAAUCGGAUGGUUGUGAGAGUUCUGCAUGUAUCCGAAGCACCCACGGCUUUAACGGUCAAAGUUUCUGCAGACAUCAAGGAUGUUCGGCCAUACAUUGUGUGCUGCAUUGUAAAAGGCAUGAACCUCAGACAAGGAAAUGCACUCAAGCGAUUUCUAGUUGCUCAGACCAAACUUCAUGAUGAGAUCUGUGCCAAAAGGACAACAGCAACCAUCGCAACUCAUGACCUGAGCUUGCUGAAAGCUCCUCUGUUGUAUGACGCCAGGCCACCGGAAACACUGAAGAUAGUUCCUCUGGGUCGUAAGGAGAUGAAGGCUGUUGAACUCCUGAAGAUGCUUCAACAGGAGGCACAUGAACAGAGAAAACAGAAAAAACGACAAAAUGUUUCAGGACUCCACAGAUACCUUCAGCUCCUUGAUGGGAAAGAACUUUACCCCUGCUUGGUUGACGCAGAGGAUCAUGUGGUCUCGUUCCCACCAAUCACAAACAGCGAGAGGACAAAGAUAAAGAAGUCCACACAAGAGCUUUUCUUAGAGGUGACGAGCUCCACCAAUCUGCAGAUCUGUAAAGACGUCAUGGACGCUCUGAUAAUAAAAAUGGCAGAGCUUAAUAAAUUAACCUUUGAAACAAAGGAGGAUGCGGUCUCCGAUGAAGAGGCUGAUGUGAAUUCAGAUCGUCCCACAGAGAACCCGGACUCUCCUGAGCUAACAGUACUACAAGUGAAGGUCGUGGACGUAGAUGGAAACCUUAAAGUGGUUUACCCAUCGAAAACUGACCUGAUGUCUGACGUCAGCAACCUAACCGUUAUCCGCUAACAAUAUUCAACUGUUGGGUUUUCUUUCUAAUUUUGUAAUUCAUUUACCACACUCUCCAUACAGUUUUCUCUCUCAUGAAAUUAAAAGUAAAACUGCCAUUAACUCAAA